UCUUAGGUGAUGCUGCAGCCAAGAUGGCGUCGGCGGCGGCUGCGGUGGCGUGAGGGAGAUGCUCCCGGUCCUCCGCGAUAGAGGCGGCGGCUGUGGCCUCGGCCGGGGCCUCGGGUCUUUCCCAGGCGUGAGCGCUCAGGCGCCUCUCCUUCGGCCGGGUUAACCCGGACAAAGAGGAGACGGCCGCGAAGAGAGGAGGCAGUGAGGAACCGAGAGAGAGCGCGGCGCCUCCCGCCCCGGCACCAUGGCUGGGCUCAUCAAAAAACAGAUCCUGAAGCACCUCUCCAGUGAUCCCUGCUGGCUGAGGUGGAGAUUGGUGUGCUGUGAAUUUCCUAAUCACCCAAAUGAGUACCAGAGGAGUCUAAGAGACCCUGGCAACUGACUACUUGCUUUCAUCAGGAAUAGGGACCUUUUGUCUGAAAUUUCCUGCCCUCAGAUUUACCAAAAAUUUAUCUCCUGACAAGAUAAAUCUAAGUACCCUUAAAGGAGAAGGCGAACUGAAGAAUUUGGAGUUGGAUGAAGAAGUGCUCCAGAAUAUGUUGGAUUUGCCAACAUGGCUUGCUAUCAACAAAGUUUUUUGUAAUAAAGCAUCUAUUAGGAUCCCAUGGACAAAACUGAAAACACAUCCCAUCUGUUUGUCCCUAGAUAAAGUAAUAAUGGAAAUGAGUACAUGUGAAGAACCACGAAAUCCUAAUGGCCCAUCACCAAUUGCAACUGCUUCAGGACAGAGUGAAUACGGUUUUGCUGAGAAAGUAGUUGAGGGAAUUACUGUGUCUGUAAAUUCCAUUGCCAUCCGCAUUGGAGCGAAAGCCUUCAAUGCAUCCUUUGAACUUUCCCAGUUACGGAUCUAUAGUGUAAAUGCAAACUGGGAACAUGGAGAUUUAAAAUGUACUCGUAUUCAACAUCCACAGAGAGGAGAGGUUUUGACAUUUAAAGAAAUAAAUUGGCAGAUGAUUCGAAUAGAGGCAGAUGCUACCCAGAGUUCACAACUUGAAAUUAUGUGUGCUCCUGUUCGGUUAAUAACCAACCAAUCAAAAAUCAGAGUCACACUUAAAAGAAGAUUAAAAGACUGCAAUGUCAUCGCAACAAAGUUAGUUCUAAUAUUGGAUGACUUAUUAUGGGUUUUAACGGAUUCUCAGUUGAAGGCUAUGGUACAAUAUGCAAAGUCUCUUAGUGAAGCAAUAGAAAAAUCAACAGAGCAAAGGAAGAGUAUGGCUCCUGAACCUACACAGAGCUCUGCAGCAGCCCCGUCUACACAGCAAGUGAAGACACCACAGACUUCAAAUGCUCCUGAUCUAAAUGACGCAAUUGUGAAACUAUUCAAUGACUUUGAUGUUAAAGAAACCUCCCAUCAUUUAGUGAUUUCUCAUCUAGAUCUACACAUAUGUGAUGAUAUUCAUGCUAAAGAAAAAGAAUCAAAUAGACGUAUUACUGGAGGAGCUAUGCAACUAUCUUUUACACAGCUCACUAUAGAUUAUUAUCCUUAUCACAAAGCAGGAGAUAGCUGUAAUCAUUGGAUGCAUUUUAGUGAUGCAACCAAGACAAAAAAUGGAUGGGCCAACGAAUUGUUACAGGAAUUUGAGAGCAAUGUUGAAAUGCUUAAACAGGCUAUAAAGGAUCAUAAUGUAGGUUCACCUCCUAAAUCACCAACACAUGCUUCUCCCCAGCACACACAAACAGAGAAAGAUGCAGUUCUGAAAGGGACUUCCAGAACACCUUCAGUAUUAUCUGAACAAUCCAAAGCUAAGUUGAUGUCUAGUUCUCUUGUGGUUAGACUUGCAGAUUUCAAUAUAUAUCAGGUCUCCACGGCAGAACAAUGUCGUUCUUCCCCGAAAAGUAUGAUUUCUUGCAAUAAAAAAUCCCUGUAUCUUCCACAAGAGAUGUCAGCUGUCUAUAUAGAAUUCACAGAAUAUUAUUAUCCUGAUGGAAAGGAUUUUCCAAUUCCAUCUCCCAACCUUUAUAGCCAGCUGAAUGCACUACAGUUUACUGUGGAUGAAAGAAGUAUUCUAUGGUUAAAUCAAUUUAUAUUGGAUUUAAAACAGAGCCUUAAUCAAUUUAUGGCUGUAUACAAGUUGAAUGACAAUUCAAAAUCUGAUGAACAUGUUGACAUUCGAGUUGAUGGCUUAAUGCUAAAGUUUGUUAUUCCUUCUGAGGUGAAAUCUGAAUGUCAUCAGGACCAACCGCACGCAAUUUCUAUUCAGAGUUCUGAAAUGAUUGCCACAAAUACAAGGCACUGUGCAAACUGUCGACAUUCCGAUCUAGAAGCCUUGUUUCAAGACUUUAAAGAUUGUGACUUUUUCAGUAAAACAUAUACUAGCUUUCCCAAAUCUGGUGACAAUUUUAAUCUUCUGCAUCCAAUCUUCCAAAGACAUGCUCAUGAACAAGAUACCAAAAUGCAUGAAGUUUACAAAGGAAAUAUUACUCCCAGGUUGAAUAAACACACUCUUAAAACUUCUGCUGCCACAGAUGUUUGGGCUGUAUAUUUUUCUCAAUUUUGGAUAGAUUAUGAAGGGAUGAAAAGUGGAAAAGGACGACCGAUAAGUUUUGUAGACUCUUUCCCUCUUUCCAUCUGGAUUUGUCAACCCACAAGGUAUGCACUGUCUCAAAAAGAGCUGCAGACUUGUAAUCAAGUAUCUCUAAACACAUCACAAAGUGAAUCUAGUGAUUUGACUGGCCGAUUGAAGCGGAAAAAGCUCUUGAAGGAGUAUUACAGUACAGAGUCUGAGCCCUUGACAAAUGGUGGUCAGAAAUCUUCUUCAGACACAUUUUUAAGAUUUUCCUCUUCAUCAUCAGAUGCAGAUAUUCAUGUCCUGGUUCAUGUUCAUAAACACAUCAGUAUGCAGAUCAAUCACUACCAGUAUCUGUUGCUGCUUUUCCUCCAUGAGUCACUCAUUCUGCUUUCCGAGAACUUAAAGAACGAUGUAGAAGCUGUGACUGGCAGUCCUGCUAGUCAGACAUCCAUUUGCAUUGGAAUUUUACUUAAAAGUGCGGAAGUGGCUCUUUUGCUACACCCAGUGGAUCAAGCAAAUACUCUCAAGUCUCCUGUUUCUGAAAGUGUGAUCCCUGUUUCUGAUUAUUUGCCUACAGAAAAUGGAGAGUUCUUGUCUUCAAAGAAGAAACAAGUUACUAGUGGUAUAAAUCAAAUUAGAAGUGCAACUGUUAAUCAUAAGUCAGACAACAGAUCUAUGAGUGUUGACCUUAGCCAUGUCCCUUUGAAGGAUCCUUUGCUUUUUAAAUCAGCUAGUGACACGAAUCUGCAAAAAGGCAUUUCUAUUCUGGAUUAUUUAUCAGAUAAAAAUUUAGAGAAAAUAAGUGAAGAUGAAAGUAGUGGAAUUCUUUGCAAAAGUGGCUCAGGGGAAAUUGGAUUAGAAACAGGCGACAGAAAGGAUUUAUCUUAUACAGAUUCAAAUAGUGUCUUAAACUACAGAGAAGAUUCAAGUGUGCUGUCAUUUGAUAAUUAUGGUAAUCAAAACAUGCUUUCAAAUCGUGUAACUAGUAAAGGAAAUGAAGCCAUAGAAUCUAUCUUAAAAGCUGAAGAUUUGCUUCCAGAAACAGCUUCACUCUCUGAGACCCUGGAGAUGGGUAAAGAAGAAGCACCCACAGUUAGAACACUUAAAUCACAGUCAUCUUUAAGGAACAGGAAAAGAAGUUCCUCUCAAACCUCAUUGGAUACCAUUUCACUUGACAGCAUGAUAUUGGAGGAACAAUUGUUAGAAAGUGAUGGAAAUAAUAGUCAUAUAUUUCUGGAAAAAGGUAUUAAAAAGAAUUCGAGUACAAGUUAUCAGAGCCCAGCAGACAGUGCAAGUGCCAGUGUAAACCUGCAGAACUACGGGGAAGCCUCUCCAGACGCCAUCAGCACAGCUUCAGAGGGUGCUCAAGAAAACCACAACGACCUGAUGUCAGUCGUGAUGUUUAAAAUUACCGGCGUUAAUGGGGAAAUUGACAUACGAGGGGAAGAUAUAGAAAUCUGUCUUCAAGUGGACCAAGUAACACCAACUCAGUUGGGCAAUAUCAGCCUUCGGCAUUACCUUUGUAAUCGGCCAGUAGGUUCUGAUCAUAAAGCAGUUAUUCAUUCCAAACCCUCUCCUGAGAUUGCUCUGAGAUUUGAAAGUGGACCUGGUGCUGUAAUACACUCUUUGCUUGCUGAAAAAAAUGGAUUUUUACAAUGCCAUAUAGAAAACUUCAGCACUGAGUUUCUUACAUCUUCUCUUAUGAACAUUCAACAUUUUUUGGAAGAUGAAACUGUUGCAACAGUGAUACCAAUGAAGAUACAAGUUUCUAACACAAAAAUAAAAUUAAAAGAUGACAGCCCUCGCGGCAGUGCGGUGUCCCUUGAACCAGCUCCCGUAACCAUCCACAUUGACCAUCUUGUGGUGGAGAGAAACGAUGAUGGCUCUUUUCAUAUCAGAGAUUCUCAGAUACUUAACACUGGAAAUGGUUUGAAAGAAGACGUCACAAGUGAAUCAGUGCUGCUCACCGGUGGAAAGUCUGACCUGAAGAAACAGCACAGUGUCACUCAAGGCACUCAGACGAGUCCCGAGGUUCCUUGGCCCUCUCAGUCAGUUAACUUUGUUGAGUGCUCCUUCGGCUCUACUAGGGAACAGCUCUUGGAAGAAAACGAAUCUCUUAAGCAAGAAUUGGCUAAAGCUAAAAUGGCUCUUGCAGAGGCUUACUUGGAAAAAGAUGCUCUUCUUCAUCACAUCAAGAAGAUGACAGUUGGCUAGCGGGAGUGGCAGUCCGGAGCUCAGACUGUAACUCUGGAGCAGGGAGGUUGUACUUAUGAUGCGAUGUUACCAGUUAGCCAAUUGGUUACCAAUUAGAGAGAAUUUCCUUUUCAUGAAAAAAAACAAUAAAAUGAAAUGAAACAUGAUGAAGUGGUGACUAUUCCAAAGCCAGUUUAGGAAAUAUUAGGUACAAGCAUUACAAUCUUUUGGUUGUUCUGUGUUGUGGAGUUUAAACCUCUUUUAAACUGGUGUGAUAGAAGGAAAAUCAACACGUACUGUAAAAUAAUUCCAUGCCUAAUGAAAAGAAGAUGUCAUUUCCUAAUUUUGAUACCACAUUAUAGGCAUUUUUUAAGAAGAAAAAUGAAACCUGUUGUGUUCCACAGAUAAUAAUUACUAUUAUUUACAAAGUUUCAAAUGCUUUUAAGGCUAAUGUAGAAUAAAAGGCUUACAUUUUCAAUGUUACAAAAAUAAUGUACUUAAUCUAUAAUUAUUUAAUUACUGUAAAAAGUCCAGUCAUAUUAAUAAAUUAUGUAAUUACUGGGUUUGAAAAUUCUGGAAAAUCAUCACCCUAUUGAAUUUAUUAAGUAACUUGGAGGUGUGAAAAAGAAAUUAUUUUAAAUGAUGGAUAAACUGUAAGUUGAAGCUAUAAUUUUCCACAAUAUGGUAUAAGUGUAAAAAUAAAAAGCAUAAACUAUAAAAAGCAAAACAUUAGAGUAUAAGACCAACUGAUUUAAAAAACAUUACUUGUACAUUCCUUGAAAUAUUUAUUGUUAUAAGAAAAAGAAUAAUUUAACUAUUCCACUAAAUUUGGCAGCAUUUAUAACUGUAAUAAUUUUAAUUAAUACUAUUUGUAUUAUUUCUCUAUCUUUUCCCUGUUUAAGGAGGGGAAUGUUUUCAGAGAAUUUUCUUUACACAUACAAUACCAAUUUGAUACCAUUCUUGUAGUAUCAGAUUUAGGUGGAUGUUUGCACAUACCCAAUUUAUAUAGCUAGUUUUGAUUAAAGUUCUUUGUGACAUAUAUACUUCUAUAAUAAUAAUAAUUGCUAAAUUUUGAAUUCUAUUUUCUAGGAAUUGUUAUGGCUGAAGCCAACAAGAGACACUUUCAAUCAUGCAUUAUGAAAUAAAAGUACAUGAGUAUUUAAGAAAGAGAGGCUUUUAAAGAUUUAAAAUAUAUUUCUGAUAGAAUUAAACUAAGUGGGGGUCUAUUUUAAAAUUUACAUUCUUAAACAUAAACAUAUCCAAGGUAGAAGAUGAAAUAGCUGGACUGCUUUUCUUUAACAUACUUGAACAUUUUAAACGACAUGACGACACUUUACGGUGCUUUGCUUGUUGGCCUGACUUACAUCACCAUUCCUGUGUCUGAGUACUCGGAGGGGAACACACGCUUCAUUUCCUCAGGUGUUGGAGUGACUUCGAUUUUAUUGAAAACAGUACUGGCCUUUUUCUCUUCUAUAACACCCAUGACAUGAUUUUAAAACACAGGCCCUGUUUUGGGAGCUGAGGGUACAGCAAAGAACAAAUUUAAAUUGUUAAUAUUUUACCUCAGAGUAUUUAAAAUUUAUGUUAAACCAUGUUCAUCUAAAACUUUGUAGUAGUCUUAGAUUAAAAGCAAGGUCUAAUUAAAGAUUUGAAAUGUAUAGCUAAUACCUUUUUUCUUUUGAUUUAUGGUAUAUAUUCAACAAAUGCAGUCUCUCAUGUAGAAAAGCAGCUUUGAUGGGACAUUAACUUCUGCAGAGCUGACAUUGUUUCUCAGGAUUGACCUAUUUGCUCUAUGUAAAUUUUAAACUUGUGGUAUAUUUUAAUUCGUGUUAUAGAAGCCAAAUGUUUUUAAUAUUUUUUUAUUGGCCUCAAAAAAAUCAUAUAAACAGUAGAGAUGAUAACUAAUAUGGAUCUGAGCAUUCUAUAUGCUUUGUUGGAUUUUUAAAAAAUUUAUAGUGUGUGCUGUUUUUAUAGAGAUUUAAAAUUCAUAAACACUUCCAAAAAAACACUGUCUCAUGUAGUUUCCACAAAAGCAGUGUGGGAGUUAGGUAUUAUUCACAUUUUAGAAGUUAAAUGAAAACCCUAAGGCUCAGAAAGGACAAGUUGACUUGACUGAAGUCAUAACUAGUAACCUGCUCUUUUGACUUAAAUCCUAGUUAUGUGCUCUUAUCUUACUUUAGUCAUUAAUUCACACAUUUUGCCAUGGGUGGGGAGCAUCACUUACUGUCUUUUAAUCCUUUUUUCUUUUAAAGAUAAAAAUAAUACUUUUAAUAGUGUGUGUGUGUGUGUGUGUGUUAUAUGUAUUAUUCAAACUGCUUAAAUGGGAGGAUUUUUUAUUGCUUCCGUGAACUCCAACCUUUUUGGUGGUCAGAAAUAUAGGGAUAAGCCUAUACAAGACUUACCAGAGUUCUUACAUAACAAGUUUUUAUUAACCUCGGUUUUUCAAAGCAUCUUCUGUUUCAGUGAAUGCCAACACCAUCACCCUGCUUCCCAAAGCAGUAACCCAGAAUUCACCUUAGGCACCAUUCUCUCUCUGACUCCCUCUCUACCCUUACCGCUGUCAGUUCAUUACCAGGUCCUGUCAUUUUACCUUGCAAACAUCCCUCAAAUUUGUCCACUUCACUUCUCACCACCUUUCUAAUCUAAGCUACCAUCAGCACCUUUCUUCGCCUUGCAUUGCUUGAAUUGCCUCCUAACAGGUCUUCCUACAGCCACACUGGACCUCCUCGGAAUCAUUCUCUAGGUGCAGGCAGAGUUCUUGUUUUUGAAGUGCAGUUUCAAUUAAGGCAGCCCACCUAUCCCUUUGUUGCCCUUAGCUUAAAACACGUCAGUGACUUUUCAUUGGUUUUAUGAUGGAAACAAAAAUAUCUUGUAACCUAUGAAGUCAUAGAUUAGGGCCACCAUUUACUUUAUAGGGUAACUCUAAGCAUUAAAAGAGUUAAUGUCUCAUGAAAUUAAAACAGUGGCUGGCACAUCACCUUAAAAAGCACUCAGUAGAAGAUACUAUUGCUAUUGCGUAGUUAGCCUGUUGUGUAGCAUGUUUCAGUUACUUUGUGUUCUGCUUUGGUUGCCCAUGAAGUAUCUGGAAUAAAUGAGAAUAGUGUGCUUCUUCCACAUUGGAAGCUUGUUCAUGCCGUUCCUUUGAUUUGAAAUACCUUUCACUACUCAUUGCCUAGUUAAUUCCCAUUUGUCUUUAAGAUCUCAGCUCAUCCCCUGAUUUCUGUCACAAAGCACGACUGCUGUUAUACAUAAUUACAUGAACACAUACCUCUAGUUAGCUUUGCACAAUUUUGUAAUUUAAUAUGUAUUUGUUUGAUUGAUGUAGACCCUCUAAAUGGUAAACUCCCUGAGAACAGGAAUUUUUUGUUGUUGUCAUUGUUCAGCUUUGUAUUCCUUAUCUCUCCCUCAGUGCCUGGCACAUAGUAGGUGCUCAGUAAACUUGUUGAAAGAAUAAAAUGGACGAGGUACAAAGGAUGUUUUUAGGUAUUGAGUUCUUCCUCUCAGUGGGAUUGAUGGGAGAUGGAAUGUAGGCUGAAACAUAGGUAGUGGUUGUUAAAGGGACAGACUUCUUUAUCCAUAGGGGGAAAGGUAGAGAAAUGGAGAAGUUUGCCAUAUUGUAUUCUUUAGAAUUUCGACUAUCUGAACUUCCAAUUAAUUUAUCACAAGCCAUCCCAAAACAAAAUUAGCAUAUCAUGUCAUAAAACCACAGUGCCAGAAUGUCAUCUGUCUUUGAUUGUAGCAUAUGGUGUUGUGGCUGUCAGGAUCUGCCAGUCCUGUCAGCUCAGCAGAAUGGAAAGAAGACCAAAAGAAUAAUGGCUGAAAGUUUUCGAUUUUGAGAACUUGACUGAUAACACAGUAUCUAUUGUGCCUACUUCCUUAAAGUGCAAGCCAUCUCAUUUUAGCUUAUUCCUAGAGAUGCUGAGGGACGUAAGUUUUGAACUUCAGUUUCCUUUUGGAAUAAGCUAUGGAAAGUUGGGAUCACACAGGAUAUAAAACACUAAUGCAGUAAUUUUUUAAAUAAUUACACUACAAAUUUUAAAAUGUUUUGCUCUCUUUGUUGAGAAAAAAAGAAUGAAGGUAACAUGAAGUAGAAAAGCAAGCAUGGCAGUUUUUAUAAACCAUUAGAUAUUACCUAAUGCAUCAUCAUAAGGUGGAGGGAAUUCAUGUUAAUGUUACAGUGUUGAAAUUCAGCAUAUCUGUUGCCAACACUGCCGUCGAGUCUUUGCUUUAUAGUCUUUGUAUAGUCUCAGGCUUGAGAGCUUGAAACUUUUAAGAGAAAAGUUUUAAGAACUAUGAAAUCAACUUAAUGCCUUUUUUUCUAUUUACAUGAUAAAACAUUUAUGGUAAUUUUUUUGAUCUUAGAAAAAUAAGGUAUCUAAAUCACCAAGAAGAAGAAUCUGGAUUUUAAAUGACUCUAAAAAUAUUUGGACGAAAAGGCAAUGCUUAUAAAUUAGAUAUUUUCAAUUUGUGUUAUCAGUCAAAAGUCAAUUCAUUCUGUACAAUUAUACUUAACUAAGUGGUAAGUAAAAUUUCUCAUUCUUGUAAUUUUUAUGUGAAGAAAUAGUGGAUUGUUGAGGUGAAGAAAUACUUGGUGCUAUGGUGGUUAGGAGAGCACAGCGAGGUGAUUAACCUUUUUCUUAUUAUCAUUUAGCAGAAUUGUUUUGGUUGGUAUGACAGAAAAAGAACUCAAAUACUGAAUCAUAAAUGUCAUCAAGAGUAAAAGACAGGCAUAUGAAUAAAGGUGUAAAUAAGUAGAGAUUAGAAGAAUCCCCGUAGGAUAUGGGAGAAAUAAAUUUAUAGGGGGAUGAUCAGAGUCUAUCCUUGGCAGUGUUUGAAAUCACUCCAGUUAAAAUAGAUAUACAGUAAAAUCAGAACAGGAGCAUCUAAAAACAGCCACAGUGAGCAAAUCCAGUGUAAGGAAAUAUGUUGAACAAAAUUCUAAUAAUUAAGCACUUGAGAAAGAUCUAUGAUAAAGAAUUCAUGUGGUUUAUCAUAUGAAUUAAAGCCUAAAACAAAAAAUAAAGGCAAAAAUUCUUCAUUUUAAUGUGCAAACAUUGGCACAUGCAGAAAUUCUUCAAUAAUGAUAUACCCACAAAAAAUAGAUCUAUUGGAGUCUUAAGAUUCCAAUUUUGAGAUUAAUAUUCAGGGGACUCACUGCUGUUGGAGACAUUUUAUUGGUAUAACAAUGUGGCAUUUUAGCAUUUUGUCUGAAUUCAAUAUAUUUACUUGAUAAUUCUUAUUAGCAUAAUUAGCAUAGAUAUGAUAAUCAUUUGGUGCUUCUCUGGUUUAUUUUUGCUUUCUUUAUUCCUUACAGUCUAACAAGAUUUUUCCAUAGAAAACAUUAAAGCUAUGAAUGCAAGAGAGUUCUAAAGAGGAAUAUAAAAUGAGCAAAUAAAGCAACUUUUUAAUAUUUUAUUUCUAUAAAUUUCUAGAACUUAAGGCAUUCUCAUAUUGUAAUAUCAAUAUAAAAACAUGUGAAAGCCAAGUAUGCUAAAAGUGCUAGGUUCUUGCUGCAUUAACAUAUUUGAGAAGUACUGUAAUGCAUGUAAGCCUUUCAUACAUUUUAGUGGUAAUUUAGUUAAGACUUUGCAGUUCUUACCUGUAUCUUUAGUAAUUCCCCCCUCUUUUUUUGCCUUCAGAAUUGUUUCUUGUUACCAUGUUCUGUUGAGUAGGCUUCAGCUUUGAAUUUCUUUUGAUCCACUUUUUGUGUAGUUCCACUGUUAUGUCUAGAGGCCAUUAUAGAGUGACCAGUUUUAGAAACUAAAGUGCAGCUAAUA